CUCCGCCCGCUCCGCAGCCGGGCUUCCGGCGGGCUCCCGGCGCCGGGCUUUCCUGACGCGCCGCGCGUGGGCCGCCGCCUGGGCCCCGCCGACCCUGCUCGCCGCCGGCAUGUUCGAGGAGCCCGAGUGGGUCGAGGCCGCCCCGGCGGCCGUGGGCCUCGGGCCCGCGACCACACAGGUGCGGCCGGCGACCGCGCCGCCAGCCAAGGGCCGCAAACGCCGCCAUCUUUUGGCCACAUUACGAGCCCUGGAAGCAGCAUCUCUCUCCCAGCAGUCUCCCAGCCUACCUGGCAGUGACUCUGAGGAUGAGGAGGUGAUAGGACGGAAGAACAAACACCUCCAAAGGCCCUCACUUGCCAACGCCUCAAAGGAAGUAGUUGAGAAAAGUAAAAGGAAAUGUCAAAAACAGGCACCGUCUAUCAGUGACUCUGAGGGCAAGGAAGUAGAAAGGAAAUGCCACAGACAAGGUUUUCUUGGUGGGACCUCUGCUGAAGAAAAAGGAAAGAGGAAAUGCCGAAAAUAUUCCCAUCCACACCCAACCCAGCACCUGGACGGUAUUGAUCAAACAGUUCACAGUUCGAGGACAAGUACUGCUACCCUUUACCCACCUAAGCCCAGCCCUGAGUCCACAUCACCUAACUCCUCACAUACCCUGAGCCGCAGACAGUGGCGGAACCGGCAGAAGAAUAAGCGGAGACACAAGAACAAAUUCCGGCCACUUCAGACUCCAGACCAGGCUCCUCCCCAGGCUUCCACAGAGGAGGCCGAGGUACCUCCUGCCCCAAAGUCAGACAGUCAAGAGACUAGAGCCGGAGCGCUUCGAGCUCGCAUGACGCAACGGCUGGAUGGGGCCCGAUUUCGAUACCUUAAUGAACAGUUGUACUCGGGGCCCAGCAGCACUGCCCAACGCCUCUUCCAGGAAGACCCUGAGGCUUUUGACCUCUAUCACCGUGGCUUUCAAAGACAAGUGAAAAAGUGGCCCCUGCACCCAGUGGACCGGAUCGCCAAAGAUCUCCGCCAGAAGCCUGCAUCCUUGGUGGUAGCUGACUUUGGCUGUGGAGAUUGCCGCCUAGCUUCAAGUGUCCGGAACCCUGUGCACUGUUUUGACUUGGCCGCUCUGGACCCCAGGGUCACUGUAUGUGACAUGGCCCAGGUGCCUCUGGAGGAUGAGUCUGUGGACGUGGCUGUAUUUUGCCUUUCACUGAUGGGGACUAACAUCAGGGACUUCCUCGAGGAGGCAAAUCGUGUGCUGAAGUCAGGGGGUCUUCUCAAAGUAGCUGAAGUCAGCAGCCGCUUUGAGGAUCUUCGGUCCUUUUUGGGGGCUGUGACCAAACUUGGCUUUAAGGUCAUCUACAAGGACCUGACCAAUAGCCACUUCUUCUUGUUUGACUUUGAAAAGACUGGGCCUCCUCGAGUAGGACCCAAAGCCCAACUCUCAGGCCUGAAACUUCAGCCCUGUCUCUACAAGCGCAGGUGACCAGUAGACACCUGUUGAAAAGGGAGAGUUCAGACUCCAGACUCUGAACUCUGAAGAUGGUAUCAACCCCGGCUGUGAUCCAGGACCUGGUACCUCCCUUUGUCUGUACCAAGAACACCGUGGUAAAGCCUCCAGCUCAGCUCUACUCCAGUGGAGUCUUCUUGGCUAGAGAAAACAUGAAAUUACUUGGGCAGGCUCAAGAAGGUUAUCGUGAGGGCAUAGAUACACAGCUAUCUGGGAAUUGUGGUCACUUCAGGUGUCAUGGAGACUAGUUAGCUUGGAAUUGAUGGAUCUCUGGGUGUGGUUUCUCUUCAUCUCUCAGAAGGCAUUUGGGCACUCCACUGUGCUGUCCUCUGAUUGUGUUGACCAACCUCUGCUUGUCCAUAGUUUCUCUUCCCUCAACUUCAAGACUGCAGGUAGACACCUUUUGCCUAUGGCAGGUCCCAAUGUCAGCUUGUCACUUUGGGCUGGGUGUUACUUAGUUUCUUUCUUUUUUGGAGUUGAGAAUCAUUUAAAUUGUAGUUUUGUUGUUUUGAGGUAGCAUUUCAUAUUAGUCCAGGCUGACCUCAAACAAAACUAAUGGCAGUUCCCCUGCCUCAGCCUCCUGGAUUAUUGGUAUUACGGGCGUGAGCCACCAUACCCAUCUUAAGGAAUUAUUUAAUUUCUGCAUAUUCCAUUUCUCAUUUGAAAAGUGUAAAGUUCUUGUCUUAUACCGUGUUGUAUUGGUUAACUGAGGAGAGCUGCAGCCAGAGCUGGGAAUACUAAGAGGCACUGAAUAAACUGGUUAUGGCUAUUGUA